AUGAAGUUCACUCUCAUCACCGCUCUCAUCGUCCCUGUCCUGGCCAUCAACAUCCCCAAGGAACUUCAAGAGCGUAGCGGAUGCGGUGAUAACUGCGCCCGAGCCGUUGUCCCUGGCUUCCGUGGCCCUGCCGUUGUUGCUUCUUACAAGGCUGAGUGUGACGCUUAUCUUCAGGUCACUACUACUCCUGAUGCAAGCACUGUUUAUGUUACCAAGUCUAUUCCUACCUAUGCUAGCGCUUGCUCUGGGGAGCCUCGCUAUCUUACUGCUUGUUCGUGUGCGGGUGCUUCUGUUGUUACUGUUGCGGCGCCUACUCCCACCGUUACCAGGGUUGUCUUUGUUUAG